UUUCUGACAUAAACUAAUUCUUGCCACAGAUCCUCAAGAGCUCACCAAUGGCAGCUGUUGCUGCAGCACCACAGUCUGAAGAAAUCUCCUUUCCCGACACUGAAAUGCCAAGCACAAGCACCGGGAAAGGAGACACUCGGAAGAAAAGCAUUCCAAAGGAAAUCACGCACCGGCCGCCAAAGCUAUUGCCACUAACACGACGUUUCCUUGAUGACCUCAAGGGCAUUGUGAGUGAGGGGAACCCUACGAAGAAAUACACUGUACAGCAGAUAAUUGGCCAAGGGACUUUUGGAACAGUUUUCCGAGGAGUUGACAUUGCCACAGGAGGACAGGUGGCCAUCAAGAAGAUUUUUGUUCUCGACAGAAAGAACAAAAGGGAGCUUGUUUUAACUGAGGUUUCACUCUUGAGUAGCGUGAGGCACCCCAAUAUCAUUCGCUAUAUAGACAGCUACCUUUUCAAUGAAGAACUCUGGCUGGUGACGGAAUAUGUGGAGGGAUGCACCUUAGGCGAUGUCAUUUCCAAACAAGCUCUUGAGGAAGAGAUGAUAGCCUCUAUCAGUCGGGAGGUAAGGGAUGCUGCCCUUGCUUCUGACAGCUUGGACAGGAUGGUUCUUUGCAAAAGGUGGUAAGAACAGGAGUGAUUUCCUGUUCAGAGCUUUGUUUCUGCGUUGCUGUUAUGAUGUGGAGAAGAAAAGAGCAUCCAAGUGAACGGCCUGCCAGUCUCACUGCAUUUCUUGUACUC